GAGAGGACUAGCGGCCACAUGAUCUCAGCAGAUGAUGCAGAAUAUCCACGGGAAUACCGGACUCUGGGCAAUGGCACGCGCCGCUUUUCCAACGUAGGGCUGGUGCACACCUCAGAACGCCGUCACACUGUCAUUGCUGCCCAGAGUCUGGAAGCCCUCACCGGGCUUCAGAAGUCUGAGAUGGAACGAAAGCGGGAUGCCUUCAUGGACCACUUGAAGAGUAAAUAUCCCCAGCAUGCCCUGGCAAUUCGAGGACAGCAGGAGAGGAUAAGGGACCAGCAACCCAACUACUGGAGCUUUAAGACCCGAAGCUCCCGGCACUCACAGGGUUCUCAGCCUGGCCUGGCCGAUCAAGCCAAACUCUCCUUUGCUUCAGCAGAGUCUCUGGAAACCAUGUCUGAAGCUGAGCUGCCCAUUGGGUUCAACAGGAUGAACCGCUUCCGGCAAAGCUUGCCUUUGUCCCGUUCCACCAGCCAAACAAAACUCCGAUCUCCAGGCAUCCUUUUCCUGCAGUUUGGAGAUGAGACGAGACGGGUUCACAUCACCCAUGAAAUCAGCAGCAUGGAUACUCUGCAUGCCCUCAUCGUCCACAUGUUUCCUCAGAAGCUGACAAUGGGCAUGCUCAAGUCCCCCAACACUGCCAUCCUGAUCAAGGAUGAGUCCCGCAAUGUAUUCUAUGAGCUGGAGGAUGUCAGGGAUAUCCAGGACAGAAGCAUUAUUAAAAUCUACCGGAAAGAGCCCCUGUAUGCCUCCUUUCCUGGGUCCCACAUCACCAAUGGUGACUUGCGGAGAGAGAUGGUCUACACUUCCAGGGAGUCCUCUCCCACUCGGCGCCUAAACAGUAUGUCCCCUGCUUCCCACCUCACUUCUGGCUCCCCUCCACCAGUGCUUCAGUCAUCCUCGCCAUCCCGUUCUCGUAUGUCUUACAGUGGUGGGCGUCCACCUUCCUACGCUGGCAGCCCUGUGCACCAUAGUGAACGCCUCUCCAACUUGCCUCCAGCCCAAGGUGUCUCCCCAAGUCCCAGUGCUAUCUUGGAACGCCGGGAUGUCAAGCCUGAUGAAGAUCUGGCUGGGAAGAACAUGGUGUUGGUGAAAAAUGAAGGCCUGUACGCUGACCCCUACAGUAUGGUGCACGAGGGACGUUUGAGCAUUACAUCCACUCAGUCAUUGGCUGGGAUGGGGGAUCCCUUUGCCUACCCUGGGGGCCUCUAUAAACGGGGCUCUGUCCGUUCUCUCAGCACCUAUUCAGCUGCCGCACUUCAGUCAGAACUGGAAGACAGCUUAUAUAAACCCAAUGCACAGAUCUAUAGCGAUACCUAUGGUCCAGGAAUGGGCUUUCGCUUACCCCCGUCAUCCCCCCAGAAAAUUGCUGAUGGCCGACUGGUGGACGUUCAGCAGAGCCAAAGCCCCCACAGCCCUUACUCAGGGCCUCCAAGCCGGUCCUCACCGGUGCGCCAGUCUUUCCGCAAAGAUUCUUGCUCUUCAGUCUUCAUGGAAAGCCCUGUCAACAAGCCACGGAAUCCCAGCUCUUCAGGGCCUCCAGAGCUGUUUCCUGGACCUGAGCGUCCCCUUUCUGGAUUCAGCUCACCAGUGCCUGCUAAGGAUACAGAAACAAGGGAACGCAUGGAAGCCAUGGAGAAACAGAUUGCUAGUCUCACAGGAUUGGUACAGAGUGCAUUGAUGAGAAGCUCUGAUGCAGAAAACCCCAGUGAGAGAACAGAAGGAACGAAUGGAGGAACACCUCCAUCAGCAGGUGACAGAAGCACUGUAGGUACCCCAGUUCCUGGACCUCCACCAUCAUCCACAACUGGUACACCUGCUGGCCAGCCCACUGCUAUCACUCGCCUGCACAUGCAGCUUCAUCUUCAUGACUUACAGCAGAAUGCUAGUGACCUCCGCAACCAAUUGCAGCAGUUGAAGAAACUACAGCUUCAGAACCAAGAGACAGUGAAGACAAUGCUGCGGCGGACAGAAACUGAGAUCAGUGUGCGGGUGACAGACACUAUGCGCAAACAGGAGGAUCCCUUGCAGCGGCAGCGCACCAUGGUAGAGGAGGAGCGCCUCCGCUACCUCAACGAAGAAGAUCUCAUAACCCAGCAGCUAAAGAUUCUGACUACUUACCACAAAGGGAAGCAGAGGGCUAAUUUUCCCAGCCUGCAGAGCAAAAUGCGUGUGGUCCUCCGUGUAGAGGUGGAGGCUGUGAAGUUCCUCAAGGAAGAGCCACACCGGCUGGAUGGCCUAUUCAAGCGGUGCAAGGCAGUGACCGACACCCUGACGCAAGUCCGCAAGCAAGUAGAUGAAGGGGUCUGGGACUCAUCCAGUAACCUUCUCAGCCAGUCUCCAAAGAAGGUGGAACCAGAAAGUGACUUCAACAGGGCCUUGGAUUUUGAAGUCCCCACCAGUCCACCGAUGAACCUUCAUGAUCUGACUGCUUCCACAGAUAGCCUGGGCACAACCAGUUAUGGGCAAAGUCAAGGGCAGAGCCACAUGUCCAAGAGUAGCAACCCCUCCCGCAGUUCAGAGAUGGUUGCUACCAAGUCCCAGACAGGCUCUGACACCCCCAGCAAGCGGGUCAUGGACAGAUCAGUGUCUGUAGAGGCUGCAGAACGUGAUUGGGAGGAGAAGCGGGCAGCCUUGACUCAGUACAGCGCUAAAGAUAUUAACCGCCUCCUGGAAGAGACCCAAGCUGAGCUGAUGAAAGCCAUUCCUGACUUGGAGUUUGCUGCCAAGCACAAGCAGACCUCCAGCAGUGGUGGCAGUGGGAGUGCAGCCUCUACCCCAGAGCACAAGCCUGCCAAACCCCAGCAUGCACAGAAAACCACAAGCAAAAUGGACCCCAAUGGUCGCCGGGGGUCAGAUGAGUUGACAGUGCCCAGAUAUCGGACAGAGAAGCCUUCAAAGUCUCCUCCCCCACCCCCACCACGGCGGAGUUUCCCAUCUUCCCACGGUCUCACAACAACCCGCACAGGAGAGGUGAUCAUUACCAGCAAAAAAGAAUCCAGUUUUAUGAAGAAAGCUGAAUCGGAAGAGUUAGAGACCCAGAAACCACAGGUGAAGCUAAGGAGAACUGUGUCAGAGGUGGCCAGGCCUGCCUCAACACCCCCCAUCAUUGCUUCUGCCAUCAAAGAUGAAGAUGAUGAAGACAGGAUCAUAGCCGAACUUGAGAGUGGCAGUGGCGUCUCAAUUCCUGCUAUGAAGAUGGUCAAUCCAGCAUCACGACUGAAGCAAACACAGCAAGGCAGCCCAGACAAAAGCAAACACAUAAAGCAACGCAUGGAAUACAUGCGCAUCCAGGGCCAACAACAGGCCGCUAGAUCAACCAAGGACCCUAGCACGAUGAGUGAGACUUCAAGUCCAGUCUCAGAAAAACCUACUUCGGGCAGAACCUCCAUCCCAGUCCUGACUUCAUUUGGGUCACGGAACUCCUCCAUUUCAUUCUAAAACCUCCUUUGCCAACUUCUUGGGUUGUU